AUGUCCAAGGAGGGCUUUUUGCUCGUCCAUGACGAGGGGCGUCGGAGCCACAUUUACUACGGCGUCCUGGGCGAAGGGAAGCUGCAGUUCUACAGCAAACGCGACCGUGGGAUCAUGGUCCGAGAAGUCGUGCUCUCGCGCUCGAGACUGAAGGUUCGCGGAAUCCCUGAUGGGGAUGGACGGGGAUGUCCCUAUAGUUUUUCCGUACGACUGCAGCGCUCACGGAUUCGAGACGGCAGGGUGUUUGUCUACGGGGCUCCAGUCGUACUUAUCAUGAGUGCACCCACUUGGGGAGAGCGCAAAGCCUGGGGGAAUGCUAUCCACGCCUGGCAGCGCAACUAUUGGGGCGAGCCACAGCAUCGGACAUUGGGGCUGGCACCUGAUGAGCUGGAAGUGUAUUUCGAGACGCAGUACAAAGCUCUGCAGAUGAUGCUGCAAACGGCGGUGUCCGACCCGACCAAGCACGAAGAUGGAGGAGGACAGUCGAGGAAGGAACGAGCAACAGCAGCCGCGGCAGCAGCGGCUGCUGUUGCAGUGCCUCGAGCGCUGUUUGGACGUGCGCAGGCGGUCAAGAAAAUGGGUAAUAAAGUGAGCAAAAGGUUGCGGGAAAAGGCAGUGACGUUUUCGCUGCCUCCUAUGGGAUUCAGUGUCUCUACGUCGGUGCAAAAUCCACCGACGGUCUAG